AUGGUUAGUGUUGCGACAGACUUUAUCAGCGUCGGCGGCAACCGUCACCCCGGUGCCGCCGAUUGGGACACCCAGUCCGGAGUACUGGCAUAUGGAGCGGACAACAACGUUGCAUUGUGGAAGCCAGAAGAUAAAUCGAAUCGAGGCGUCUUUUCACUGCUAGUUGGCCACGAAGAUAAAGUCAGCGCUGUCCGCUUUCUCACAUUCCCCGAGACUGGGACUCGGUUGUUGCUUACCGGGUCUGUCGAUCGCACAAUUCGGAUAUGGAAACCUAACUCCUCAGAUGGAUACUAUUGCGCGUGUACGCUAAUUGGGCAUACUGGGACUAUCAAUGCGAUUGCAGUUGGGAAUGGGUCAAACAUUGUUGCCUCCGGAGGGGCUGACGGUACAGCAAGAAUCUGGAGAUUAGAUAUUGCGGAGGACACAAUUUCGGCCCAAUGCUUGCAAACAAUAUCAAUGAAACCUCGGUUCUUUCCAUUAGCCCUAGCCCUGCUACCUUUGGAUCUCGAAGACCCGAAGCGGCCAAUGCUGCUCUCCGUAGGAGGAACCACCAAUCACGUUCACAUCUACGCAACACAGAACACUGCACAGGACGUUGAAUUUGUAUGGGGCGCGAAACUAUCCGGCCACGAAGCCUGGAUUAGAUCUCUCGCCUUCAAAGAGAAUACAGUGGGCACUCAGAAGGAUUUUAUUCUCGCGUCAGCAAGUCAGGAUAAAUACAUUCGUCUAUGGCGGAUUCAUCGGGGCGAAGUAGCGCCUAUAGAAUCGAAAGAUGAGGAUGAGAUGGUUCUAGGGGGAGAUACCCCGACGCUAUCCAACAAAGCUUAUAUUUUCAAUGCUUCCGGCUCGACUUAUUCAGUGACCUUUGAAGCUCUGCUAUUGGGGCACGAAGAUUGGAUAUACACUGCUAACUGGAACCCGAAUGCCGAAAAGACACAGCUUCUUUCUGCAUCUGCAGAUAAUUCCUUAACAAUAUGGGAACCAGACCCAACAACCGGUGUUUGGGUUACGACAGAUAGAAUGGGAGAAAUUAGUUCACAGAAAGGUUCUACUUCUGCAACAGGGAGCACUGGAGGCUUUUGGAUCGGUCUGUGGUCUCCAGAUGGGAAGCAGGUUGUCAGUCUUGCCCGGACCGGUAGCUGGAGAGCAUGGUAUUAUGACGAGGAAUCCGACUUUUGGCAACAGAAACUAGGCGUUACUGGCCAUGUGAGAUCUGUCAAUGACAUUCAAUGGGAAGCAAGAGGAGCGUAUCUCCUAUCUACAAGCUCUGACCAAACAUCUCGACUCUAUGCCGAAUGGCUACGAGAUGGAUCGUCAUCAUGGCAUGAAUUUUCAAGACCCCAAAUUCAUGGCUAUGACCUGAAUUGUUUAGAUACCCUGGGUCCUGCCAGGUUUGUCUCAGGAGCCGAUGAGAAACUUUUGCGGGUAUUCAAUGAGCCUAAGCAAAUUGCCCAAUUGUUGGAGAAGCUUUGUGAUAUCACGCCUUCAACAAAUGACGAACUCCCCGAGACGGCAAAUAUACCAGUGCUUGGACUUUCAAACAAAGCUGCAGGGGAAGAUGUCACGAUAGCAGAUAAUGAGAUGGCCAAUCGUGGUAAAAAUGAAUCAGAAGCGGCUCCUCCAAUUGCUCUGCCAAUGCACCAACCACCUCUAGAAGAUUAUCUAGCUCGACACACACUAUGGCCUGAGCACGAGAAGUUAUAUGGACACGGAUACGAGAUCUCAGCGGUUGCUGUUAGUCAUGACCGCUCGCUGAUUGCUACUGCCUGCAAAGCAAGCUCUAUUGAUCACGCUGUUAUACGACUCUAUGACACAAGAGAUUGGCACGAGAUUAAACCCUCCCUUACAGCCCAUUCUCUUACUAUAACAUCCCUUUGCUUCUCAGAGACGGACAACUACUUGCUAAGUGUUGGUCGUGACAGGCAGUUUGCGGUGUUCAAGCGCGAUGAGGCUGACCCUUUGAAGUUUACCACACUAACAUCAAACCCUAAAGCCCACUCGAGAAUGAUCCUCGGAGCGGCAUGGGCUCCUAUUCCCGAGCCAUUAGUAUUUGCGACUGCAGGACGAGACAAGUCUGUGAAGCUGUGGCAAAUGAAGUCAGACACUUUUGAAUGUGUAUCAACAAUAUCCCUGAAAAGCGCUGUAACAAGCUUGUCAUUCUGUUCAUCAAAACGCACAGAUAUCCUGUACUUGGCUGCUGGAGAGGAAACAGGACAGAUAUCUAUUCAUGAGGUGUCAAUCCCAAAUUCGGAGACUCGGGAGCUGGCGACUCUUGACAAGGCAAUUUCUCCAUCCAAAGCAAUCACACAGCUUGCAUGGCGGCCGGAUUCUGCAUCAGCUGUCAAGGCGAGCGUCGGUAAUGGCGAUUUAAGGACUAAAACCCUUGCUACUGCAAGUGAGGAUUCAUCAGUUCGAAUAUAUAGACUAGCAGAUUUACCCACAUAA